AUGAAUGUCUGGUCAGGAUCCAUUCCUCUCAGCUCGGGCUCCAAGUUAGAAGGGAUUCGACUGGUCGAUCCGCAUUCCUACUGGCAGUCCGAGCUAUCCAAAGAGUCCCAGCUCAGUCUCCGCAGCUUUGUCAACCCAGCACUCAUCCCACUGCAUGCACGCGCCGGUCCCAACCUCGAGCUACACACAUCCCACGCGGAGACAUCAAAAUGGCUCCAGAGGAAGCUAACAGGCGCCCUCUGGCUAAAUGAAGAAGAUCCAGCACUCCAACAAUCCUUCCAAUGCCCAGUCGGUCUGCUAGUCAGCGUCGAAGGCAACACUAAAUCAGGCAACGCAACCACAACAAGCCUAUUAGUCUACGGCGUGUUAUCGAGCGCAGCAUCAUGCACACGACCACCCACCCCACCACAUUCAUCCCCCUCCGAGAUACCCGGUCACAGCAAUACAUCACAGCGUGCUCCCUAUGAACUCAGAAUCUACGCCGCACCACUAUCAACUUCAAGACUCACCCAAGCCCAAGCCUACCCAUCUCCACCACCCUCCAACCCAGACCAACCCGUCACCAAUCCGCGCUGCGCAGAGUUCCUACCAGACAUAAGCUCACCCAGCCCCAAACGCAAAAGAGUAGCAACACUCUUCGAAGUAGCCGCACAGCACCACCGCCGCGUCCGCCAACGAGGCGGCGAAGCCGUCUCACAACUAAUGGCAUCUUCACGACCUCUCUCCUCAUCCCAGAACCUUCAAACACUCCGCAUCAAGCGCGAGCCCGAAGAAGAUGGUCCCACCCUCCCAUCCCUCGACCGGAUCGUCUCUCACCGCUCCCGAUCCGUCUCUAUCGGAACAGGUCUUCAUCGCCCAGGAAGCGUACGCGGCCGCGCAACGCCAGCCCUGAACGCCGAUCCACAAAAGCGCGCACCAACACCGAACCCGUUCUUAGAUUCCGGCCCGCGCCGUGGAGCCCAGAUUCAGGGCCAGGGCCCGUCGUCUCUUUCGGUCUCCGAGGAGAAACCGGUGUCUGCGCCCGGCUCACCGGCUAAGGAUCCUGAUACAGUCAUUGCGGAGAACAAGAACCUCAUCACGCGCACGAUCUUGACUUGUAUGCGUCUGUAUGGAUUCCACCGUGCGAAUAUGCGCUCUGCGUCGAUGAUCAAGCCGCCAGGUGGUGCUGCUGCGGAGAAUGAACCUGAUGUCUCGGGCACGACGCCAGCGCCGGAAGCUUUGCGUGCUGAAACGCCUGCGCCGGGGAGCACUGCCGAUGAUGAUGAGUUCAAGGCUAUGUACCAUGCGACGUACAAGGCGGCUGCUUUUGCCCUCCGCAGGUAUUUGAAGCAGGCGCCGGGGUUGGCGCCUUCAGUCUUGGAGAAGGAGAAGGCUAUGACUUGUAUUGAUGAGUUAUUGAGGUUGUUCUGCGAGGAACACUGA